AUGAAGAUCGAGCAAGCGAUCGGCCUGCAAUAUGCGCAAUAUGCCGGCCCUGUGCUGGCUGGGUUGCUGUGUUUCACGGCCCAAGAGGGUGCCGCAGGCUGGGUGACCGACCGCAUUGAGGAUGCCACACUGCAUCUACGCCCCAAGGAAGAGCAGCAGCUGGCCCCAGAGUACUAUAGCGCUCAACUCGAGCAGCAGAUUGCAGCCGCCGCACCAGCCGGCCCCACGGUACACGAGUACGAGGUGGCAUGGCUCCAGCACCAGCUGGCCGACGGCCCUGAUUUUGUUUCGGUGCCUGCCCGACUUUCUUUCACACGACACGGAGAUGUCCUGGGCGUGCCCGCCCAGCUGGCGCAGGAGCUGGGGCUGGCGGCGGGCGCCAUCAUCAGUUACAGCAUUGCGGGGCGCGAGUUUGCUUCCACCGUGGCCAUCCUGGCGCUGCCAGGCCAGGCCCAGCUGGAAGCCCAGGUCCAGGCUGAGGCGGUGGGCAUGAUGCUGAGCGCCAAACAGCAGGAGCUGGCUGUUGCACAGCUGAGCAAGGACUACAUCCGCUGCGUGUGGGUCCCGCUGCCCACUCUGCAGUUGCUGAUUGCACAGGGUGUUGCUGUCAGCCUUCAUUAG